CUACGUAUUUGGAUAGUGCCAGCGGCCGACGCAAUGGCAGCAGACUCCGCAGCUGGCGCGGAUGAUGACCCAGAUGAUGCGAAAAAGCUGUUGAAAUGGCAGGAAGAACGUAUCGCCCGACGGCUACGAGGACAAUACGAAUCCGCUACUCUCCACCUCUCGGAGCUGAUACACAACAACCUCUCGACCCCGUUGAAUAUUCACUCAGUACGGGUUGAAGGUGCAAAUAACACUCGAGGAUCGUUUCUCGGCUUUCUGAUUAACCCCGUUCUGCUCUCUGAGCCUCACACCGAUGUGCAGUCAGUCCUACACGCUACACGAUCUAUUGCCGACGUCCUCCUACGAACGGAAACAUUCAGCUCUGUAGAAGCCCGCAUAGAGCAUGCAAGAGACGAGAUAGCAGGCCCUAGGGAUGUCGAUCUUGUAUUUAAAACCCGUGAAAGAGGGAGGUGGUUUGUCAAGUCGGCUACGGAGUUCGGGAAUAACGAGGGGAGCGCGAGUAUAACUGCCCGUAUGCUCAACGUACUUGGUGGUGCUGAAACCUUUGAGGCAAACGUAUCCGCCGGAACAACUACACGCAAAUCUUUCCAAGGAACAUUAUCUGCCCCCAUGACCUCUGACCUCAAUUGUCGCGCUGACUUCACGGUGUUCGGACUACAUAGAGAUCACACAAGCUUCGCGAGCUGCUCAGAGAUCUUACGUGGCGCGAAAGCUGUUGUCAGGGGCGGGAAACCAAUUUCUGGGAUGCACGAACUUGCCUACGAAGCAGUUAUCAGAAAUAUCGGUGGGCUGACGCCUACUGCUUCGAUGAGCAUGCGAGAAGCUGCUGGUACAACGUCCAAAUCGGCGGUGUCAUACACAUAUACACUCGAUACGAGAGACGAUCGCGUUAUGUCAACGCGCGGAAUGUAUGGUAAAAUAUACCAGGAACUGGCUGGAUUAGGCGGAGACGCGUCUUUCUACAAGGCUGAGGCCGAGAGUCAACUGUCACGGCCAUUACUGCCAGGCGUCUCAGGAUCGAUUGCCCUGCGCUCGGGUAUUAUGUGGGCCCUCUCAAAGCCAACCCUGUUCCCCGAUAGAUUUCAACUUGGCGGACCUCUGUCUGUACGCUCAUUUCAGUCAAAUGGUUUGGGUCCAAGAGAUGGACCCGAUUCCUUGGGUGGUGAUAUUUAUUGGUCCGCAGGCCUCAGUAUAAUAUCGAACAUUCCGAAGAAGGCACACUGGCCGGUUAAAGCCCACGUCUGGUUGAAUGCUGGACGUCUGGAUGCCAUGAAUCGAUCCCGUUCAGUGGUCGAGAACAUCAAGGACACUGUUACACGACCGUCCGUGUCUGCAGGUGUCGGUUUGAUAUAUAAAUUUGACCCCGUUCGUGUGGAGGUCAAUGUCGGUGUGCCGUUGGUAGCGAGUCGGAGUGACGGGACUAGACGAGGCGUGCAGGUCGGAAUAGGGUUAGAAUUUUUGUAAAAAAUCAAAAGGGUACUUGAUUUUGACGCGAUCUGAAACGGUAACCACCAAAUAUUUGCACCCUGCCGGCGGG